UGCUUCCCACAUCUCACAUUCAUCCUUUCAUCCUUUUUGAAGUGCAUCACACUAUCCAUAUUUUUAACACUCACACUGUUUGUUUUUCGUAUUGCAGCACCUUUGGAUUCCAAUUCAAACAUACUGUCACGGUCCCAUUCAUUCUGUGUUUUUCUUUCCCACCCACAAAAUUUAAUGGAUUUAACUUCAAACCCAACAUGAAAGAUGUCCAUUUGUGACAUUUACCAUGUCCUCAAAUUUUUACUCAAAUGUCAAUGACCAUACCUGAAGCAUCCUAUCAGUCACAUCUCCAGUGAUCUCUCUCUCUCUCUCUCUCUCUCUCUCUCUCUCCCCUUCAACUGAAAGUCCCCAGUCCCCUGUCCACCACUCAAACUGGUCCACAAACCCCCAACUUCCAAAUUUAAAUUCCUCCAAAUUGCCACCCCCUGAAAAAUCACUGAACCCAACCCAUCACAAUAAUGCCCUGUUCCCCCUUCCCCCCUCUUCCACUCUUUCUCCUCCUCCUCUUCCUCGUCCCUCUCCCUUGUGUCUCCCCCAACAAUGGCCAUACAAACAGGACCUUGUUGAUGACCCUGUCUGAGCAGGAAACUCUCUUCACAGUCAUGGAAUCAAUCUCCUCUGACCACCCAUGGAGAAUCUCCUUCCCCAAUCCUUGUAAGCCAGGCUCCUCUUGGCCUGGGAUAGAGUGUAAACCAGGCCUCGACAGUUAUCUCCAUGUCAUUAGGCUUGAUUUUGGCACCCCACCGAACCCAUCUUGCAAGUCCACUGCCACUUUUCCUCCCCAAAUCUUUCAUCUUCCCCACCUUCAGUCUGUGUUUUUCUUCCACUGUUUCACCCAUUCCAAAACCACCAUUUCGGUCUCAAAAGCAGAAACUUUUGGUUCUUCUCUGCAACAGCUGAGUCUCAGAUCAAACCCUGCUCUCGCUGGCCCAAUCCCACCUCAAAUAUCUUCUCUCAAGUCCCUCCAAAUCCUUACUUUGUCACAAAACCAGCUUGUUGGAACAAUCCCGUUGGAGAUCUUCAGCUUGAGCGCUCUAGUCCAUCUUGAUCUCAGUUACAAUUCGCUCCACGGGACUCUCCCAAUCCAACUGGGUAGCCUCAAAAACCUGGUUGGCCUUGACUUGAGCUACAAUGACCUCACAGGAACAAUCCCACCCUCAGUUGGCCAACUGGGCAUGCUCCAAAAGCUUGAUUUGAGCUCAAAUUCGCUCACUGGGAGCAUCCCAGAAAGCAUUGAGAAGCUAAGUAACUUAGCUUUCGUGGCUCUGAGCAACAACAGAUUGAACGGAAAAUUCCCAAAAGGGCUUUCCAAAUUGCAGAGCUUGCAGUAUUUUCUCAUGGACGACAACCCACUGUUCAUCCCACUGCCGGAAGUAUUCGGGCAGCUCCAGAAGCUCCAGGAGCUAAGGCUGGCCAGCUCUGGCUUUUCCGGGAAAAUCCCACAAUCAUUUUCCCAGCUGAAGAACCUCACCACUCUGUCCUUGCAGAACAAUAGGCUAGUUGGGGAAAUCCCGCUAGGGUUUGGGAGCUUCUUGCGUCUGUACCACCUGAAUCUGAGCAGAAACUUUCUGGGUGGAGUUGUGCCUUUCAACUCAAGCUUCUUGAGGAGGCUGGGAGCCAACUUGGACUUGAGGGGAAAUCCAGGGCUGUGUUUGCCUCCAUCUGAGGCCUACGCUGUGAAGAUGGGUGGAGUUGGGGUUUGUGGGAACAACAAGAGCCUCUCUGUGGCGCAGCCAUUGAAGGAAUCUGGAGCUUCACCCUGUGCCGCCUUCUUUCCUUGGCCGUUGCUUAUUCUUGGAGCAUCAGCUUUCAUGGCGGCUCUACAACAAGGGUGAUGUGAGCCCAUCAAUCUUUGCUCUCUCUCCCCCAGUGAUUUUUGUGCUUUUGACAAUUUCCAUGGAUGAAUUAAUGUUAUGUGUCUGUGCAUACUAUUUAUCUCAAAUUUCUGUUUUUUCUUU